GGCGGCACGCGCCGGCGAACCUCCGUGCGCGGCGUGAGGAGCAGGGCGGGCGCGGCAGCGCGGCGGCACCAUGAGCACCAAGCAGGUGACGUGCAGGUACUUCUUGCAGGGCGUGUGCCGGGAGGGCAGCAAGUGCCUGUUCUCCCAUGACCUGGCCACCAGCAAGUCCUCCACCAUCUGCAAGUACUACCAGAAGGGGCAGUGUGCCUACGGCUCCCGCUGCAGGUACGACCACGUGCGGCUGCCUCCGGCGGGCGCAGCCGCGGCCCCGCCGCCCCCCGCCGGCCCGGAGCAGCCCCGGGCGCCGCCCGAGCCCGGCCCCGCCGCCCCGCGCAGCAGGAGGGAGAAGAGGACGCUGGUGCUGCGUGACAGGAACCUGUGCGGCUCCAGCGAGGAGCAGGCGCGGCCCGGCGCCGGGGCCGUGCCGUGCUGCGGCGAGCCCGGGGACAGCGAGGAGGCCAAGCCGCUCUCGUACCUGGAGGCCAUCUGCAGCGGGCUGGAGGAGGCGGGGCCCGCGGGCUGUCCCGCCGCGCCGCAGCUCUGUCCCUACGCCGCCGCCGGCGCCUGCCACUUCGGGGAGCGCUGCCUCUACCUGCACGGGCAGCUCUGCGAGAUCUGCGGCCUCCAGGUGCUGCACCCCUUCGACCCGGAGCAGAGGAAGGCCCACGAGAUGAUGUGCAUGGCGACCUUCGAGCACGACAUGGAGAGGGCCUUUGCCAUCCAGGCCAGCCAGGACAAGGUGUGCAGCAUCUGCAUGGAGGUGGUGUAUGAGAAGCCCUCGGCCUCGGAGAGGAGGUUUGGGAUCCUGUCCAACUGCACCCACACCUACUGCCUGUCCUGCAUCCGCCAGUGGAGGUGUGCCAAGCAGUUUGAGAACCCCAUCAUCAAGUCCUGCCCCGAGUGCCGCGUGAUCUCCGAGUUUGUCAUCCCCAGCGUGUACUGGGUGGAAGAGCAGGAGAAGAAAAAUGAGCUGAUUGAAGCAUUUAAGCAGGGAGUGGGGAAAAAGCCCUGCAAGUACUUUGAGCAAGGCAAAGGAACGUGUCCCUUUGGAGGGAAGUGUCUGUACCUCCACGCCUACCCCGACGGGACGCGAGCGGAGCCCGAGAAGCCGCGGAAGCAGCUCAGCUCCGAGGGCACCGUGCGGUUCUUCAACUCCGUGCGCCUGUGGGACUUCAUCGAGGACAGGGAGAGCAGGAGCGCGCCCGGCGCCGACGCCGAGGUGACGGAGCUGGGGGAGCUCUUCAUGCACCUCUCGGGGGCUGAGGAGGAGCCCGCUGCUGCCAGGGAGCACAGCCAGCCCCUCUGAGCCCCCAGGGCAGCUGGCUUCAGCCAUGCUUUUAUCUCUGCAGCACAGGUAGAACAAAAUGUGCCCCGGUGGUUGCUUGUGCAGUCCUGGUAAAGUUUUCAGAUAGUUUUUAUAUGGCAGCAACAAAAGAAGACUCAAAUAUAUUUAAAAGAAAAAAAAAAAUUGGCUGCAUGGAAAAAAAUCCCUUAAUCCCAGGAGGGUUUUCUCCCUCUCUGGCCUAACAUUUGCUGUCUUGUGAGCUGAGUGGUAGUGUAAAUACAGGUCCAGUGAAAGCUUAAGCUGGUAAAAACUGUUGCUAAUUAGAGUUUGGGUACUUUUGGGUAUUUUUCUCCACUAAGUCAGCUAAAUGUAUUACUACAAAACCCACUGGGAAUAAUGAUCAGUGUAGGGUUUUCUCCUUAAAAAGGAGCUGGUACAUUGUACCUCAGCUCGUAGCUGAGUUCAGAGCAAGCUUGCUGGGUUCUCUGGGCAGGCCUGGCUCCCCAGGUGCUGCCAGUGGAGCUCCCAGCCCAGUUUCACCCUAACUCCAGUGCUCAGAGGCAGCAGAGGCUCCUGCUGGACAGCACAUGCAGCUGCACUCAUUCCUGAACUUGGGAGCUCAGCACAAUGGGAGCUCUCCCAGACCCUGGCCAGGCCUGCCCAGGCCCUGCAGCAGCUCAGCCUCCAUUGCCCUGUGCCCCAGGAGGGCUGAGGGAUUCAUGCACAGCUCUGAAUUGUUACUGAAUUCGGGCUUUGUUCAAAAUGUGAUUUCUGUUCGUGUGGCAAAGGCAGUUGGGUUGUGAAAUCUGGAACCAGAAGUUAAUUCUGCCAAGUCAACUGUUUUCACUUGGAAUUUAAACCAAGACUUCAGUGUGCACUGCAGUGGCUGCUGAGUUACCAACAGCAUGGACAGGAGCUGUCACUGACCCAGCUCCUUGUAAAGCACUGAGCAGUGUUUGUAAAUACAAAUGGAGAUGUGGGGUUUAUUUUAGAACAGUUUGGUUGCAAUGGAAGUCAGGUGUGUAACUGGUUUGGUUAUUAUCUGUAGCAAUAUAAAAGCAUAAAAAAUAAUACUUAAAAAUGUGUUAAGAAACAAAGGCCAAGAGCAGAAAGGUUUGUAAUCAGCACCUGUGGAUCAGUGAUGGUCACAGCUUUGAUCCACCAGGGUGGGAAACUGUGCAGCAAAAUGUGUUCAGGGAGAGCUGGGCAGGAGGCUGUGCCAGCUGGGCACACAGGGCCAGCCCUGGCUGCUGACAGCAGGAGCCUGAACCUGGCAUUCCAACAGCUCAGCUGGCUCCAGGAUUAUCCCCUGAGCUGCUCUUGGCAUUCCUGGGUCAGCAGCUCCUGCCCUCUGUUCUCACUGGAAAUUGAACUUUCCCAUCAUUUCCCCUGCAGUUCAUUUCUAGCAGUGCUCCCUGCACAGCCAGGCCUGGCCUUGGCACUGGCUGCAGGCACAUCAUUCCCAGUUUCCUGGUAAAACUGGCCCAGCAAAGGGCAGAAGUCCAACCAGUGCAAUUGGUCAGCACUAAUUACAAAGCAGAAGGUAAAUUACCCCUGAGAGGGAUGUCACACACCAAGGUAGAUGAAUGUGUCAGGGACGCCCAAGCACCCUUUCUACCCCAGAACAUUUCCCAGCCCUCACCCUCCCACUAAAGCUCAUUUCCAUCUGCUCCCACACAUAAUUUUUUUUUCCCAGAAAGAAAUAUUGUCAGGAAUACACUAAAAAAAAAAAAAAAAAAAAAA